CCUCAUCCUCCUCUCUCUUUCUUUCUCGCGCUUUCGCCUUCGUUCUCCUUCCCGAGGUUUCUUCUCCUACCGGCUUUUCCCAUGUUUCCUCGCAUGAAGCACCAUUUCACCUUCUCCGUUCAUCUUCUCUCGCCUCGCUUCAUUCCGAUUGUCCUCCCCUCCAGUUUGCGAUCUCGCCCCAAGCCUCAAGCCUGAGCCCUUGCUUCUGCGAAAUCUACACCCUCUCCGCUGCCGUUUCGAGCUCGCAUUGGUGAUCGAACGACGGUACGGUUCCCUCUUCCGUUUAUGCAUGAGCUCGAUUUCUCACCACCGAGCAAUAGCAAUCGAUACGUACGGUCAUAAAUCAAAUCUUCACGAGCAACGAUGAAGUGUAUUAGCCCGCAAUUCACGAAUCGUUGGAGAGAUAUGAGAGGAGAACGAGAAUUAGAUCUUUUGAAUCAUGCCAAACUGUUCGAGGAGGGCUUGCUAUUUGAAGCUAUUUGCUUGAUUUUGACCUCCGGUAGCAAAUCUUCAUCGAAGUUUGAUGACUGUACUGACUCUCUCCUGCUUUGUUUAAGAGAUAGAAAGAGUAUGGGUGAAGCAUGCUCAAGGAGCUUUGGCUUCCACUUCAUUAAAACUGGGCUCGUAUUCUUUAAGUUGGAACUGAGGUCUCGUGGCUUCCGGCACUGUUUGUAGAGAUGAUACAUUGUACAAAAAGAUCUCUUUGCUGAAGUACUGCUCAGGUAUCUGUGAUGGACAGCUGAUUUGUUGGGCUUUUGUUGAAUGAUGUGAAGACCUGUUUUUGUUGAAUGAGCUUUCCUAAUCGACAGCUUCACGUUGUUGAGCUUUUGUUUGAUGAUGAUAUGGAGAUAUCAUGCAAGUUAAUUUCUUUUGGAUGUGGGAACAUUCCAAUUACUAUUCAUCACUGAGCCUAUAGAGAUCUCUUUUGGCUUCCUGGAUCUUCUGCAUCAUGUCUUCUUCUUGGCAUUUUUUGCCCAUUUGCACCACUUUUUGCUAUGGUUUCCUCUCUCUAUAUAUUCGAUAGAAUGGCUUUCUUGUGAGGGUUUAUAUUGUGGAUUUUAUCAUGUUGUCUAACUGACUGGUGAUUUUUUUACGUAAUUUAGGCAUAAUCUUACUCUAUUAGAUAAUCAGGAAUUAGCAGGGAAUGUAUCUUACUGAUUCCCUUCGGUAUUCUAUGAAAGUUUGACCUACAUUGAAGCCCAUGCUUCAUUGUCUUCCUGAAGUUGUUAUUUCAAAUGCUUCAAUAUGCUUAUCUUUUGGCCAUAUACUAGAUGCAUGUAAACAUUCAAAAUGUCAGCUCUUUGUUGACA